CCCCUGGUUCCCCAAUAUAGCUGGAAACCUUGUCUUUUUCUUUUUUAGUUCUCAUCUCUAAAGACUGGAGUCUCAUCUCUCCAGGUGCUAGAAUCCUGCUUACCUGUAGGCAAAUCAUGACAUAGAUGGCAACGAAUGCUCAAACUCCUGAUCCUUCUCCAAUUGAAUUGCACCUGUUGAGAAGUCCUGAUAUUUUUGUUUGGAUUCUCUCAUGCUGAUCAUUUGCCUGAACCCCAGACAGAGAGGCAGUCUGCAGAGCUAAAGCAGAGAGAAUGGAUUGGAAAAAUUCAGAGCUCGGGAGAGACCUGUGAAGGUCAAGACUUGAAGAGCAGUGGGUCCUGAGUGCCUAAAAGUUGCUGCCAAUAAGAGGAGAAAGACGUUUACUUCUUGUUAGUAAAGAAACAAUGGCACCAUUCACUUAUUUCGGAGUUCUGUCUGGAGCUGUUCGUGAAGUCAGAAGGAAGAGUUCUGUGAAAGAUACGAUAGAAGAGAGAAUUGUAUGGUUGCUCUUUCUACUAGAUGGGCUGCCUGGUGGAGUAGAACCGAGAGUGUAAUUAUACAGGUUGCAGGUAUAAAGGGCAGUGAACAGGCAGAAAAAUGUUUCUGGUAGCUUGUGACACCGGCAGUUCAAGAAUGGACAGAAAACAUGGGAAAUACAUUGUGAAUGUCAAACAUUCUGAAAACCAGCCGUCAUUCCUGAACCUAAGAAACCAUGAAGCUCACAGAUCAGCAUGUCAAUUUCCAACAUCAACUGAUGUGACUGGUGAUGUAACUGUGACUGGUACUGAUUUAACUGGUGCCUGCACUGACACAGGGACCCUUGGACACUCAGCAUUUCCAAACAGAGAAUUCCAACAUUGUCAGGUGACACAAAAUUUCUUCACCGACUGGUCUCUUUGGAAGAUCUUCCUGGCUUGUCUCUUAGCCUGUGCUAUAACAACAACAAUUGGAGUACUCAUAGAGUGCCUGGUGUAUAAUGGGAAGAAUAAUAAUACCUCCGUUGUUAUUCAGCUUCCUCAAAACCACGGGACAACCUCAUCUACUAGUUCUGAAACUACAGUUCCUACUGCGAUAACAGAUUCUACCAGCACAUCCGAUUCAACUACCAUCACUAUGACCACUGCUAGCACUUCAAGAGAACCAACUAGUACAAAAACCAUUGCUUCUACUGACACUCUCAUAGCAACAGCCACCACUGCAACUUCUCCCACUUUUACUGAACUUAAAACGACGGCAGGAACAAGCAAUUCAACUAAACCGAAAACUACAAUGACUGCCAGCAAUGCUACUGAGGCAAACACAACAAAGACCACUCCUCCUGCUUCUGCUGAACCUGCAGCCACAGCAACAGUCACCGAUUCACUUCAACCCACUACCACAAAGAUUACCAGCACAACCACUGAGCUUACAACCACCACAGCCACGACUACUGCCUCUACAGAGCCUACAACCACCACAGUCACCAGCACUCUCUCUGUCAAACCCACAAUUACCACAGCAGCCACUGCCUCAUCUGAACUGACCACUACAGAAACUUCCAGCACUAACACUGAGGCUAGAAUCACCACAGCUGCCAUUAUAAUGUCUGCGGUACCUACAACCCCCGAGGCCACUGCUAUAACUUCUACUAAACCUACCACCUCCAAGGCUACCUCUACAACUUCUACUGAAACUGCUAUCACCAUGGCCACCACGACUUCUAACAACCCUAUGACCACUGCAGCUACCAUUACAACCUACUAUACCACUACAACUUCUACUGAACCUACAACCACCACGGCCAUGAUUACAACUUCUACCAAAUUUACAACCCCUACAGCCACCACUGUUGUUUCUACUGAACUUAAAGCCACAACUGCAGCCACCACAGCAUCUGAACUGACCACCGCACUACCAAACUUACAACCGGCAGGGCCACCACUACCAUUUCUACUGAACCUACAACCACCAGCCACCACAGCCGUCAUUUCAUCUGAACUGGCUACCCCAACCAUUGCCAGCACUACCACUGAGGGUACAACCACCACAGCCACCAGUACCACUUCUACUGAACCUAUAAUCACCAUCGCACCCACAGUUGUGUCUAUUGAGCCUACAACCACCACGGCCACUACUAUAAUUUCUACCAAACCUACAAUCACCAUAGCCACCACUACAACCUCUAAUGAACCCACAACUGCCACAGCCACCACUAUUGCCUCUACCAAACUUAGCACCGUAACAGCAGUCACUGUAGCAUCUGAACUGACUACCACAGUAACUGCCAGCACUACCACUGAGGCUACAGCCACCACUGUAACUUCUACCAAAAUUACAACCACCACGGCCACCACUACCACUUCUGCAUUUACAACCACCACAGCCACCAAUCCUGCCUCUACUCAACCUACAACCACCACUAUGGCCACCACAUCAUCUGAACUGACUACCACGACGACUGCCAGCACUGCCCCUGAGGCUACAACCACCAUGGUUGCCACUACAACUUCUACUGAACCUGUGACCACCAUGGCCACUGUCAGUGCUUCCGCGAGACCUAUGACCCCCACAGCAGCCACCACUUAAUCUUAACCAGCUACUACAAUGUCUGCCAGCAUGACCACGGAAGCUAUAAUUAGAACAGCCACCACUGCUACUUCUAACGAACCUAUGACCACCACAGUCACCGCUACACUUUAUACCACUCUCCUGAACCUACAACCCCAGGAACUGCCGCCACUUCCACUGAACUGCUUCUGCAGUGACUGAGAGUGGUACUACCACAGAGGCUGCAACCACAACAGCCAGUACUGCUGCCUCGACUGAACCUACAACCACAGCAAUAGCCACUGCUUUUACUGAACCCGCUACCACAAUGACUGCCGGUACCGCCACUGAGGCUAGAACCACAGUGGCCAACACUGUUGCUUGUAUCGAAUCUGUAACCACCACAGCAGUCACUGCUUCAUCUUGUCAUAAGCACAACGGCAACACCUUUUAUUCAGCUGAACCCACCACCGUAAUUCCAAGCAUUGUCUUUCAACGGAACGUAUCACCACAACUGCCGUUAUCGUUUUGGUUGUGCCCACGGCCAUUUCUACCAGGACUGUAUUAACUGAAUCUAUGACUGUUAUAACUUUUACUGAAAAUUCUGCUAUCAGAUUACAGUACCAGUUCAGCUCUUUCCAAUCCACCUUGGCAGUCCCUCCCACCACCACUGAAAGUACAGCUACAUAAAUCAUCCAACAACUUUCAGUAAGAUCUGAAUCAUUCCUGUUUCAAAUGGACCUAUGAUGACCAUCAGUUUGACAGGAUUUCUAGGUACUCCUCCUGGCUUCUCGACUGAAUUUACCUCAUUUGCCAGAGCCACCUCCACUUCAAUGACUGAAUCUAGUCUGUUUUCUGACUCCACUAAAACAUCACCUUCGAUCUCCACUGCCACCACCUCAAGUAUAAAUAAAAUAACUACGCAUGCUACCAACUCAACGAACUUUCCCAUCACAACACCAUAGUGACUUUAGCUGAAUGUAUGAUCUAUGACCAACAUUACCUGCUAAUGGAAAGUACAACCACAAAUUUUAAAUAAUCUAUCGCCAUACAGCUAGCCAUUGCCCCACCCCUUCAAAUAAGUCCUUAGCCACAAUAAUAGCAUUACAUUAAUGAAGCAUGCUGGCACCAUAACUUCUACUGAAAUUUCAUGAUAGAAGGCACUGCAUCAGUCAGUCUUACAGUCAUACUACCAUUUCUACGCAAACCGUUUCUACAAUUCCAUUUCUACCGUAUGUACUCAUACGACAGACAAAACUUCACCAAACCCUUCAGUACCUUUCACCUGAAUCUAUAAGCACUAUAAUCUGUAUGGGCAUGUUACUCAAACUCUCCAUUACUUACUCCUCUGAACUAAUGCUGCCGGUAUUUCCAGUAAAUCCAGUAAGUCACACCAUCACUCAGAAAUGGCAAAUUCAUAAUGACCUCUUCCAUUGCAGCUGUAGUUAGGAGACCUGCAAAUUAAAUCCUAACAUCCACUAUUAUCACCCCCACUUCAGAACCUGUAUAUAUUAUUCGUACCAUAGGUGGUUCCAUGGCCAAUAACUGCCAACAUAUAACUAUAACAGUUACCAACAUAACUACUUCUAACACAAGAUUUUCUUAAUGACCAGUUCAACUAUCAUCAUAAUGAUAAUGAAUUUCACUCCCAAAACAUUAACAUUAUCAUUUAUUAGACCUGAUCAUUUAAUGUGGAGAGUCUCUAUUUUUUUGAAUUUUUAGUACAGUUUUCACACAAAGUAAAUCCAAUGUAUGUAUUUAUGUUGAAAACCUAUUAUGAUUAAAUAAAAGGUUACUGUGA